CCCAAAUCAAAGUUUACAGUGAAGGCGUGAAGCCAUCUUCCUCCGAUCUCUUUCCUCUCAGAGCUUCAUCCCGAGAAAGAAACCAAAAUGGAUUAAAUACAUGGGCGAGGGAUCUCGAAAAAGUCUACACAGUUCUGCCAGCAUUAGAACUCUACGCAGUUCUGCCAGCAUUCAUUGAACAGCAGAGCAUCAAGCAGAAUCAGCGAAAACACAACAUGGUGGCUGUCAAGGAAAAAUUAUGCGUGCGCUCAAAUCGAGUUGCAGAAGAUCACUCCAUUCGCAAGACUGGUACAGCUUGGUGUACGAAGUUUCAAGAUUUCUACGGAAAAUGAAAAUGUUAAAUUUCAUGGCCAUACUUCGGUAGCUGCUGAUUGCAUAAAGAAAGGGCCAAUCAACAAAGGAACUACUCAAACCAGUGCAAAUGAUGCAAAGUUUAAUGUAAAGAUGAGUUCCAAAAUUGUGGAGAAGAGCAAGGACAAGCAUGGUUGUUCUGUCAAAAUAAAUGUUGGAAGAAAAGUGUUGGCCGAUGUUAGCAAUCUCCAGGGCAACAUUUCAAGAAAAGAAGUGCUUGAUGGCUCCAAACCAGGGAAGGGUAAAAGUGAGAGAUGUCCAUCUUUACAACGGGUUUCAGUUGGUCCAGGCAUGAGAACUGUGAACGCAUCAUCAAGGAAAUCUAUCACGGGGAAAGUGAGAACAAAUCUCUGCGAAGGUGUUUCUGACUAUCAAUCUUUGAAGCGAGGGGUAGGUGCCAAAGAUGCAAAGGUUUCUUCUGGUGGCCGGAGGGCCAAGGAUCAAGACCAAAAGUCUGUCAAUAUUGGCAGACCAGCUGCAAGGAAUCAUUCUGGACAGAUAAGGAAUUCUUUACCCCCAGUGUUAAAGAGAGUUAACAAGGUGGAUGCAACUGCUGCAAAGGAAAAAGAUAAAACUUCAGAGGUUGGAGGAAAAUAUUUUUCUGUGAAGGCAAGAGUUGGUGAGAAAGUGAUGGUCCAAGUAGGCCAAGAGAAAAUUUUUUCUAGAAAUCGAGGAAGUGACGACUUCAUAAUACGGGCUCCAAGGGGCCAGACUAACGUUGAUUCUCGUGGAUUAUCAAGAAAAUCUAUCAGGCCUCUUGCCAAAAGCUCACUUUCAACUUCCAGUUUCCAAAGGACUUCAAAAUCCAAUUCCACAUCAGGUUCAAACAAAUUGUUAUCUGUUGCUGCAAUAUCCUCAAAGAAAAGGGAGGCAGUGACUUCUACUCUUCCUGAGAAUGCUGUCUCAGUGGUUCCUCAUGAACCAACUCAAGGAGAGCUUCCAUCGAAUGGAAACAAUGAUACAAGCACAAAAGCAUCAUAUGUUAUUGCCAGGAGAAAGUCCAAUCGUAGGAGUUCUUUUACAUCUUUACUUGUGACAGGAUCAAAGCUACUAGAGGAGCAGGCAGAAAUUACGAAGCAAGAAAAUCUACCAAGUAUAGAUGAUAAUUGCAAUCACCUUGAAGUUGCUGAAUAUGUUGAUGAGAUUUAUCAGUAUUAUUGGUUUACAGAGGCACAGGCUCCAUGUCUGACUGAUUACAUGAAGCUUCAGACAGAAAUUACACCUCAAAUGCGUAGCAUACUGAUCAACUGGUUGAUUGAGGUGCACUUCAAAUUUGAUUUGAUGCCAGAAACACUUUAUCUCACAGUCACACUGUUAGACCAAUAUCUCUCCCUGGUUGCAAUUAAGAAGAAUGAAAUGCAGUUGGUUGGUCUUACUGCACUCCUGCUGGCUUCAAAAUAUGAGGACUUUUGGCAUCCUAGGGUCAGAGAUCUGAUUAGCAUCUCAGCAGAGUCCUAUACAAGAGACCAUGUGCUUGGAAUGGAGAAGCUUAUGCUCAAUAAAUUGAAAUUCCGUCUAAAUUCACCAACGCCAUAUGUUUUUAUGUCAAGAUUUCUAAAGGCAGCUCAGUCGGACACAAAGUUUGAACAUCUAGCAUUCUACCUGGUUGAACUCAGCUUGAUGGAAUAUGAAGCUUUGAAGUUCAAGCCGUCGCUGCUGUGUGCAUCAGCUAUCUAUGUUGCACGAUGUACUCUCCAAAUGACUCCAGCAUGGACCCCAUUACUUGGUAGACAUGCACGCUAUGAUGAAUCCCAGAUCAGGAAUUGUGCGAAGAUGAUCUUGAGAUUUCAUAAGGUUGCUAGAGCAGGACUGUUGAAAGUCAUAUAUGAGAAAUACUUGAGGCCUGAACUCAGUGGCGUUGCAGGAAUAAAGCCCUUAGACAGUUUAAUUUGACUUGUGCAGCUCUGUGCCUCUUCAGCUUGUAAAUAUAUACAUGUGCUUGUUGUUUGUAGCUUCUUUUAAGAGUUUUUGUUGACGUGAAUUACAUAGCUAUAUGUAGAAAUUUUUGCAAACCCUUAAAGCACAACGUGCAGAAUUAACUUUGUGGAUUUAAAUA